AUUAAGAAAAAUAAAUUCACUGCAGAUUUCCAAAGGCUUGGAGAAAUUUGAGCUUUCAUAUAAUACUUUGUAAACUAGACAGUCUAAAUAGCCAUCAAAUGUCACGAUUCCACUAGUGAUGGCUCUGUCGAAUGCAAAUUAGGUGUCCAAUCCUGUGAGGUGCUGAGAUCCUCCAACAAUUACUGCAUUAUGUGAUCACUGAGCAUGUUCAGCAUCUUCCAGUUACAGGCUCCAGUUUUCACUGAAUGUUUCCAAGAGUGUUGUUUGCCUCAUUUUAAUCAUUCAUUUUCCCAGACCUCUCCAUUUUCAGUUCUGACUUUUGCUACUAUUACCUUUUUAAAAUGUUGGGCUAGAUCAUUUACUGAUGUAAAGCUCCAUUGACUUCACCAGCUAAGGAUGUGGCCCUUAACUUUUACUUUAGUAAGUUCCUCCUAAUGCAUGAAAGUCUGUCCAUUGUAGUGCAAGGGAAAAAAAAUUAAGGGCUGCAACAGAGUUAAAAUUAUAGUUACCCCCCCCGAGUGACCUUACAAAAAUACACCCUAAGUAGCUUCUCUCUUUGUACAUAUGAAAGGGCAGAUCCUCAGCUAGUUUAAGUCAGAGUAACUCAGUUGAUUCCUGUCUCUGAUUUUCUUGUCUUUAUCUAGUUAGUAAUGCAGGCUGUUUCAUUAUUUCACAUUGAUUUUUUUGUAUAUGAAUAAUAGGGCAUUUAAAAUAACUAAUUUAGCAUUUCAGUUAUAUUCCACAGACUGUUCAUAGAACACUGGAGUAAGUGAGAGCAUUAUCAAGCCCCUUGGUUGAACACUCUGUGGGCCAGAUUCUGAUCUCAGUGAUAGUGCUGUAAGGUGAAACUCUGUGUCCAGUGGAUUACAGUGGGAUCAGAAUCAAAGGGAGGGUGAAGAAGUGCAAAGAGGAGCCAUAAAAAAUAUUCAAGGACUGGAAAAAAUGCCUCAGAGCAAUAAACUGAAGGAGCUCCAUCUGUUUAGUUUAUCAAAAAGUAUCUUGAUUACAGCGUAUAAGUACCUUUUAUAGAGAGAAAAUACUGGUAGUGAUGGGCUCUUUAAUACAACAGAGAAGCACAAUGGGAACCACUGUCUGGAAGUUUAAAGGCAGACAAAUUCAAAUCAGAAAAAAGCACGCCUUUUUAACAGCAAGGUUGAUUGACUAUUGGAACAAACUACCAAAGGAAGUGGUGGAUUUUCCAUCUCUUGAAGUCUUCAAGAAGAUAUACUUUAAUUAAACACACAUUAUUGGGCUCAAUAUGGGGAUAACUGGAUGAAAUUCUAUAGCCUAUCUUAUACAAUAAGUCAGACUAUAUGAUCGAAAGGUCUGCUCUGGUCUAAAAAAUCUGUAAAUCUAUGAAAAAAUACAGUACCAGGCUUGUUGAGUCUGGAUGGUCUAAACAAGCAACUUAGCCUGCCUAACAUAUAUUAUCUCAAAGAAAGAGAAUGAAUUAAGAAAAGAAAAAUACUUUUUUACCCAUUGAAAAUUUUACCCAUUGAUGAUAAUUUCGUUUUAUGCAUACUAACUGCAAAAUCAUAGUCAGAAUCAUUUUAGUUAAUUUGACUUUUCUGUGUAUUGGAACACAAAAGUUUGUAGUGAAGAUAAAGCUGUAAGGUGAAACGGGAGUCUGUUUUUCAUUUCCCAGAUUUAUUUUGAAUAAAUACUUUCUUAGAUGCAGAGAGAGAGGGCCAGAUUCUUCACUGCUUUGCACCUUAUAUAGUCCUUUAUACUGUGCAAAGUAGAUAUAAAAUGCUAUCAGAUCAGAAUAGCAUUCUACACCCAUUUUGCACACACUUUGCAUGGGUAUAAAUUGUACACCAAUUUUUGAUAGUGAGCUUUUGGGGGGCAGGAACUCUCAUUUAUUAUAUUUGUACAGGUCCUGGCACACUAAGGCCCAUCUUGGUUAUGACCAAUAUAAAUGUUAAAAAAUAAUAAUGAAUAAAAAGCAUAAAUAACUAAAUGAAGUGCAAAACUGUGGAGUCAAGUCCAGCUCUUCCAGAGGAAUGAAGCUGUGUUCUGUGCAAGCACCGGGGUGGGGAAAGAGAAGUGGUAAAAGUGAUUUUAUUAUUGAAAAGUAUGAAACACCAAGUUUCAAACUGUUGCAUAAUAUUUGUAUUUUACCUGCCUUCUUGUUCAUUUUCAGCAGGUGCUGCUACUUGCUGCAAUUGCUUUCUCUGCAAAAAACUGAUCGUGGUGAUUUAGGUCUCUGGAAGCUGCAUGUUGGUUCUCCUCUAAAGCAGUCAUCAGUGGUGAUGAUAGAUUUUCUUUUUUCCCUUCUCAGUGAUUUUUAAAACUGGGUGGCAGCAGGGAGAGAACAAGAGAAGCAUUUUGAUGGCCUUAGAGGGUCUGAUCCUGCAAGCAUAGGGUAUCUCUUGAAAUCAAUGGGAGUUAUGCCCAGAGAGUGCUUACAGCAUGAAGUCCUUCAUCAGAGAAGUCUUUGAACAGCACAGGUUAGACAGCAAAGUGCAUCUAUGUUCUUGAAAAGCUUGAAAACACACAAAGCAUUUUCUUAAAAGCAAGAAAUUUGCAAACCAAAUAAAAAUGUCAUACAAAACCAGUGGGCUCCGCUCCUUCCCAUCCCUCCCAGGUUCUUUGGGCUGUAUAUAAUAGAAUAACAAACAAACAAACAAGCUCUAACAAAGGUCCAAAAAGUCAAGAAGGCAUAUUAAAGAGAGCGUAAGUUUGGAGAAGGCUGGACUGAGGCAGCUGUUGUAGGGCAACACAUUUCACUCCGCAAGAUGAAUAUGGAAAGAGAUGCUUCUCCUGCAAAGCCUUUUAAAAAUGUUACUGUUGAAACAACAUUUCUGAACUCAACUGCAACUUUCAGGUGCUAUCUCUCCAUCCCCACCCAUCUUCCCCUGAGAUACACCUUGGGUUUUAUAAGGUGGGGGUGGAUCCACACAGUAUGCUCUAUAAAAUUCGGAGGGAUAAAGAAAACAAGUCAUAAGGCAUGACCCUACUUUCCUCGUGCACCCAAACGUUCCAUUUAAGUCAAUGGCUGUGUUGGGCGUGCAUUUGAGACUAUAUCCACUGCUCUAGUGUUCAGCCCGAGUCGCAGAUUUGUGUGCUGGGAGAGAUCUAAAUUUGCCUGAAGUUGCCCUGCAGAAGCAUCUUAGCAUAUCUGCACUAUGUGUGAAACCAGCUGAAGGUUUCAUAUAGCAGAAGAUCGUCUGGCUUUAGCAACCAUUGCCUGGCCCUUCUUAUUCAGGGAGCUCUCAUGAAGCUGAGCUCUUGUGCUGUAACGUGUACGAGACUCCCUGCUUUGAAUUCAGCCCUCUUAUAGAGUGCAAGUGCACCACUUUCACCACCAGGGGGACCUCCACGUUCAUAGAGGAGGAGACAGGGUGUUUGCCUAGGACUGUGGAAUCAGGCCCUUAAUACAGUUUUUGGGAGCUGUGUCGAAUUCAGAGCCCAUCAAAAUGUCAGUGGUGCCAACUCAUGAUUGUUUUGCAAGUUUUGCAAUAUCUGGUGUGAGAUCUUGGCUGCGUUUAAUGGCAAAGUUCCCAUUGACUUCAAUGGAGCCAGAAUUUAACCCUUCAUCUUUUAUCUGAAGCCGCAGGUCCAGCAGACAAAUGAUUAUUCAAGAAUUUCAGCUUUCAUUUAAAAAAUGUACGUUUCUAACUUUCAUGACGGCACAGAAAAGCAUGAAAACGGGACCCAUUAACUUGUGAAGUUUGAAAAACAGAAAGUAAAUCUAAAGAACCCCAUAUUUAUUAUUUUAAAAUCUCAUGAUUUGUAAGCCAAUCUCAUGGUUAUGGGAGCCUGACACAUGAUUUUUGAUGAUGUUUGAUCUUUUAAUUUGGAUUUGAGAAGAUGUUCAAGCAAUGUGCCAGUUACACAUGGAAACAGUGAAGGGGAAAUGGGCUUUGUUCUGCUUACUGACAUUGCUUGUGGAUCAGGCAGGAUUACGUGAGUAACACACUGAAUAUGAAUUAUACAUCCCCGAAGUCCUCAGUUUGUGCCUAUCCAGUAAAGUAAUCAUGUGUCAAGGUAUCUCAUUGUCUUUCUGUUAUUUAACUCUAUCUGUGUGGAAUGGUGUUAGUUCCAGAUAGGGAAUGCAAAUUCCACUUGCUGCAUUUUUAUUGUCUACAUAAAAAUUAAACAUAGGUAAAUCAGAAUGAUUUAGGUGAUGAAUCCAGCUGCCUGUAGGUUUAAAGGCUGCUACACUUUUGCGGUUUGACUUUUAUUAUUACUUUGAUAGGCUGAAUAUAAAAAUAAUGACUUUAAUCCACAGCCUCCUGAUCUCAGGGAGACAGCAUCUGCUGCGCCACCUAUUGACAGGGGUCUAGUGGAUGCAUCUCUUUGUUCUGUGCAGAGAUGGGUGCGGUAUAAGUUCUGCUCUCCCCCCCAACUUCCCCAGUCCCUCUGGGGAAUCCACCACUGGUUCUAGCAGUCAACUCGGAGAAGCACAGGGACUUCACUGUGCCAAGUCCUUGCUGGGGGUGCAGGAGGAAAGGUUUCCUUGAAUCUUCUCUCCUUCCUUACCCACCCAUGCAAGAUUGAAUGCAGUUGAGCCUUAAGAAUAGGAAGAUAGUCAAAGUGCAGCAGAUGCAUGAAAAUGAGAGAUGUCUUAAUCCAAUCACUAAAUCUGUACUUCCCCAAACUUUGGAAAGUUCAACUCUAGAUCCAAACUUCAUGACUUGGGCCCUCUCUAAGAAAAAUGGGCGUAUAAAGAACCUGGAUAUAAAUGGCAGAUACAUAUAAUACAUUUUAAAUGUAAUAUAAUAACACUUAACACUUAUGCUUUUAUUUCUAGAUUUCAAAGCAGUUUACAAAUAUGGAUACAUGUUGUUGUCCCCACUUUACAAAUAGACAAGUUGAGGCAGGCAGAAGUGAAGUGACUUGCCGAAGAUCAAAUAGUGUGUCAGUGGCAGAGCCUGGAAGAGAAUGCAAAUCUCAAGAUAACCAGUCUGGUGCUUUAUCCUCUGUGGUGCUACUUGAAUUUAUUUUUCAGUAAUUGAUUCUUCACUGGCCUGUGAUAAACCACUGAAGUGUUGCAGCUUGUUUACAUUGGUGGUGGUAUUUUGUGAUCAGAGGAGUAGGUACCCUUGCUUUUCACUGAUGCUCAGAAAAUCAGUUCAGUGAGAUCUACAUCCGCUAGGCUUUAAGCAAAGUAUUCCCAAGCCCCUCAAGAUACCAAAAGAAAGGCAAAAUCCAACCAACCAGCCAGCAUGGAAAAUGCGGGCUUUACCAACAUCUAUGAAAAUAUAGAGAACACUGGCCUCUAUGAGAUUCCUGAUUCAGAGGAAGCAAAAGAGGAUCAUCUUUAUGAGCAAGUCCAUGAAGACUCAGAAUCUCCUUCUUCCACCACCACUCCAGAAAGCAUGGACAUCAGCUGUCAGGAGAGCCCAGAACACAGCUGCAGUAAUUCUGUCUCAUCUCAGCAAGGAGCUGAUGGUGAGGAUGGUUCCGCUUCCUCUCAGCAAGGGGCUGAAGAGGACCAGCAUCGCCAGGAAGAGAUGGAGAUGAUGAGCCCAAGGCCCAGUGACGAAUGUGUAGAAAGGAUGGUGUUUGGAAAUAAAAUCCCAUCUCCUACUGGAUUCAGUCUUCGUAAGAGCCCGGGCACUUCCCCCACCUUCCCAACUUUCACCAGAUUUCCAGCUAACAACAACUUAGGAGAAACUGACAACUUUCAGAAGGAGUGUGAGAUUUUCCUCUUUGUUAAGGCUGGUAUUGAUGGAGAGAGUAUUGGGAACUGUCCUUUUUCACAGCGUCUCUUCAUGAUCCUCUGGCUCAAAGGGGUUGUAUUUAAUGUCACCACAGUUGACCUGAAAAGAAAGCCAGCUGAUCUACACAAUUUGGCCCCUGGAACCCACCCGCCAUUCUUGACUUUUAAUGGAGAGGUCAAGACAGACAUCAACAAAAUCGAAGAGUUCCUGGAGGAGAUGCUUGCACCUCCAAAGUACCCCAAGCUGGCUGCUACACAUCAUGAAUCAAACACUGCGGGGAUAGAUAUCUUCUCCAAAUUCUCUGCAUACAUAAAAAACACCAAGCAGCAGGACAAUGCUGGCCUUGAGAGAGGUUUGACAAAGGCAUUAAAGAAGCUGGAUGACUAUCUGAACACCCCUCUGCCUGAAGAAAUUGAUGCAGACAGCACUGAAGAGGAGAAAGUGUCUAAACGCAAGUUUCUGGAUGGGGAUGAGCUGACGCUUGCCGAUUGCAACCUUCUGCCCAAACUUCAUGUUGUUAAGAUUGUAGCUAAGAAAUAUCGCAACUAUGAGUUCCCGACAGAGAUGACGGGGCUAUGGCAAUACCUGAAGAAUGCUUAUGCCAGGGAUGAAUUCACCAACACCUGUGCUGCGGACAAAGAAAUUGAGCAAGCGUAUGCAGAUGUGGCCAAGCGGCUCAGCAAAUCCUAACUGACAUCCGCAAGGGCUCAGUAUCCCCAGGGGAUUCCCAGUUCACAGAUUCCUCUCCUUGUUGUCUUAGGAGAUAUUCUUCAUCAUGUUUCUGGUUGGCAUCCCCAUGACUUCAGCUGUUAAAGUGUAUUGGUCAGGGCCAAAUCUGCCUCUCCCUAGAGAAAACAUAAGGCAACUACAGGGGGGUAAAAAACCCUCUGGAAUCUGAACCCAAGAGCUGGAGCAAGUAUUAUUAUUGGCAAUCAUCAUCAGUAUUUGCAACUAUACAUCUUUUUUUUUUGUUAAUAUCAGCCACCUAUUUUAUUGGGAACUUUAAAAAAUAGGAUAUUGAGCUGAAAAAUUCAAGUAGAUGGGUUAGGAAUGUACAGAACUGGUUCUUCUCUGGCCCUUUUCAAGGAUACUUUUUUUCUGAUGUGAUCUAUCCAAAAUAACACUGCUAGUGGGAACCUUGAGGUAGUAGGAAUGAGGUUUUGUCUGAAAGCAAAAAGAGUUUGACCCUAAGGGAGAAAUUUCCUUAGCAGGUAUAUUCAAAAACCUCUGUUUUAACAGGGCUGGAGGAGGUUAUAAGAUGCUCAUUACUGAUGUGGCGCUCGUGAGGAGAGCAUCAGUGGAUAUGUCAAACUUGCAGAUGCUGCUUGGCAUAUGAUUUGCAUGUUUCCACUUCAUCCAAAUCAUAAAAGGAAAAGAGAGAGAAUGAGAGAUGAACUGGGCAGUUCACCCAAAAGCCCACUGGAUCUCUGGGGGGACGUGCUCAGAUGCUAUAGUGAUAGGGGGCAGAUAAUUACUCUGUUACGUAGAAAGAAUCCUCACAGCUAGCUGAAUUGUUUUAGAUAUUCUCACCUUAACUGUAUAUUUGCCAGCUUAUUUAGAUUGAGAGCCAGGGGUGGGAGUGGAAAUCUGUUGCCUCUUAUGAAUGCCAGAUUGGGGAGAAAUACCCAAUUUAUUUUUGAGCUUUUGAAACUGAUCACCUUUCAAAGUUCAUCUCCCAUUCUAGACAGCAGGUUGGCCUGAAAACCUUAAGGAGGAUGAGCUAGAAGGGAGACCUGAAGCAGAGAAACUCCCACUCCUAGCUAGAAAGUUGGCAAGUAUACUAGCACAAACACAUGCAAGGUGGCUUUGUCCCACUCAUUCCCUGAUUCAUAUCACUGCUGUCAAUGACCCUUAUCAAUGACCCUUUUGACUGUGCACUAGGACUUUUUCCAAAAUGAUUCGUUUGUGCUAUGGGCAGUCGUAUGAACAGAUCUGCUUAGUUCUGAUCACUUUAUUGGUGAAUUACUUUAAGAAAUUAAGGGCGACAAUUCUUUUGUAUGAAAUAUAAAAGAUUGAGUUGAUUUAGCUAGCUACAUAUCAGGGAGAGGAAGGCUCCCAAUCUUCAUCAAAUCUGGAGAUUUAUAGUUGUUUGAAAAGAUCAAAUAAAAUUGAACUCUAGCAUGCCUUGGCUUCACUCCUGAUCAGCCCCUUGCUCCUGUAUGGAACUGCAGUGACCUCAGUGGGACUCCAGACUGGCAAACCCUUAAAUUGGGAAACCCAGGAUCAGGCCCUUGUUUGCAAUUAAAAAGCUAAUGAACUGGAGACAACUUAUAAGGCCAGAAUCUGCUCUGUUACAGAGAUGUAGCUCUAGAGUAAUUCCAGUGACUUUGGAGGAGUUACUCUGCAUUCACACCAGCACAGCUGAGAACAGAAUCUUGCCCAUUGACUGAUGACAUUUAGGGCUGACUACAAUAUUGCACAGAGCAGUCAGUUUGUUCUGAACUUUCCAAAACCUUGGAAGAAAGUCCAUGAACUCCCUAGUCUUCCCUCAGAAUGGGCUAUUUAAACAAGCAAAUGCUUACACUCUUUACAAUGUUGCUGAGAAAUCAACUGGCUCUGAGAGCACAAGUAACAGCCAGCAAAAUACAAUGAGAUUAGAAGAGUCUGCACAUUCACAUGUGGCUCAUUAAAAACGUGUCUCCAUAAAAUAACCAGAUUGGAAUUGUUUGUAUUUUUUUUUUAAAUUAAGAUAUUUAAUUAUUUAUUUUGAUUGAUUAAAUUCUUUCUUUCUUUCUUCUCAGCAUAUUGGUUGAGCUGGCUCACUCUGUAAGACUGUUAUAACCAAGGCUCUGCAAAUGUAGUUUGUAAUGAACAGUGGUUUCCUGUGUCUGAUUAAUGGCCAUUUUGGAUUUUUUUUCACUAUGGCUUGGCUACCAGAAUUCCAGCUGACCAAGACUUCACUUUUCUCAAUCAUCAUCUAACAGGUUAUUUUUUUAAAAAUCAGAGGCUUUGUCUAAUCAGAGUUGUGUAUGAACUGUGAAUAAAGAAGUAGAAAGCCUG